ACACGGAACCCGGUGUGCAGGAGAAAUUGCCAUGCAAGCCAACAACAGAAAAUGUGGUGUCGGAGUAGCCUACAAUUCCAAAGUUGGAGGUAUACGUAUGCUGGAUGGAAUAGUCACAGAUGCUAUUGAAGCCAGUUCAAUCGGUUUCAAUCCAGAACAUGUGGAUAUUUACAGUGCAAGCUGGGGCCCUAAUGAUGAUGGUAAAACUGUGGAGGGACCUGGGAGGCUGGCGCAGAAGGCUUUUGAGUAUGGGAUAAAAGAGGGCCGAAAUGGGAAAGGUUCCAUUUUCGUCUGGGCUUCUGGGAACGGAGGCCGUCAGGGUGACAACUGCGACUGUGAUGGUUACACUGAUAGUAUCUACACUAUCUCCAUUAGCAGUGCUUCUCAGCAAGGCCUUUCUCCGUGGUAUGCAGAGAAGUGCUCUUCAACUCUGGCCACAGCAUACAGCAGUGGGGAUUAUACUGACCAAAGAAUUACAAGUGCUGAUCUUCACAAUGAAUGUACAGAGACUCACACUGGGACCUCUGCAUCUGCACCACUGGCAGCAGGGACUUUUGCUCUAGCCCUGGUAGAAAAAGCAAACCCAAACCUAACAUGGAGGGAUAUGCAGCACUUGGUGGUGUGGACCUCAGAAUACGAUCCACUGGCUGGAAAUCCAGGCUGGAAAAAGAAUGGAGCAGGACUGAUGGUCAACAGCCGGUUUGGGUUUGGACUACUCAAUGCCAAUGCAUUGGUCGAUUUAGCUGAUCUCAAAAGAUGGAAGGGUGUACCAGAAAAGAGAGAGUGUAUUGUCAAAGACAAAAGCUUUGAACCAAGAUUAUUAAGAGCAAAUGAAGAAGUCAUCAUUGAAAUUCCCACAAAAGCCUGCGAGGGUCAAGAAAACUUCAUUGCAUCUCUGGAGCAUGUGCAGCUUGAGGCAACGAUUGAGUAUUCCCGUAGAGGUGAUCUUCAUGUUACUCUAGUGUCUCCAUCAGGGACCAGCACUGUCUUACUGGCUGAGAGAGAGAGAGAUAAAUCACCUAAUGGCUUUAAGAACUGGGACUUCAUGUCUGUUCACACAUGGGGAGAGAAUCCAACAGGCACCUGGGUUUUAAGAAUUACUGAUGUGUCCAGAAGAAUACAAAAUGAAGGAAGUAUUGUAAAUUGGAAAUUGAUUUUGCAUGGCACUGCUACCCAGCCUGAGCAUAUGAAGCAGCCACGUGUAUACACAUCCUACAAUGCUGUGCAGAAUGACAGAAGAGGAGUGGAGAAGAUGACAGACUUUGUAGAGGACCAUACCACACAGGAAAACCUGAGUGAAAAACCCCAAGUCACAAAAGAUACCAGCAGUAGCAGUGACAAAACAGAAGAUAAAAUCCCAUCAGAGGCUAUGCUACAUUUACUGCGAAGUGCUUUUAGCAGACAGAUGGCUCAGAAGCAACUGCCAAAGAAGACUGCAAGUGAAAAGUUAAAUAUUCCAUAUGAACACUUCUAUCAAGCCCUUGAAAAAUUAAACAAGCCCUCACAGUUGAGAGACUCAGAAGAGAGUCUAUACAGUGACUAUGUUGAUCUUUUUUACAAUGCCAAACCAUACAAACAUAGAGAUGAUAGACUGCUGCAAGCCUUGGUUGCUAUUAUAAGUGAAGGAAACUAA